AUGACUGCUCCUGCCACUCCGACUGCAAGCGUUGCUACCAUAUCCACAUCUGCACCAUCAUUGCACCCACCAAAUUGCUCCCCUCCACAAAAUCCACCUAUAUCUACGCCUCUGUCAACUGGCACUGAGACUAUUCGAGCAGUUUCCGCCCCAACUCCGCUGCAAGCGCCGUUAUUCAAGCUGUCAAAACGCAACCAGGUUAAGAAAGCCUGUGUAAAUUGCCAAAAGGCUUGUAAGAAAUGCGAUGAUUGCCGACCUUGCUAUAGAUGCCACAGAUUGGGCAUCCAGGCAACAUGUGUUGAUUCUGCCCGUAAAGAACGUACAAAAAGUGCAGGUCGGCCUAAACGUGGUCCUUGGACAUAUAUCUCACCUGCAACAGGAGAUCGCACUCCAAACGCUGAUUCACAACUCACUGAUACAACCAAUGGAGUAACUGCCGAGGUUGAUUGCAGUGCUGGUGCUAGAUCUGCUUCUUCUCCAGUAAAGCCAUCUACUUUUAGUAGCCAUGCAAUAGAUACAAAUAUGGAUAUCAGCUAUCAAAAACCGCAACAAAUCGGUCAACAGCUGUCACCACCCUUUCAUCGGGCUCGCACUUUUCAGCAAGAGUCGAGUCCUUUUUCUCAACUACAUGCCAACAAUGGCUUUGAUCAACGAUAUCCGACUCGUUGUACGCAAGAGCCAGAUGAGAUGCGACAGUCGCAUCAUCAAGCGGCUCAUUUAUCCCCGCAAUCUUUAUUUCCGCUACCACAGUCAAUUGACAGAGAAUCUUCUCUUGGUAGUCUGCAUAGACAUGUGGAUCACAAUCAGACUGCACAUCAUUUACCAUUUUUGCAGCCCCAAGCUUACGGCCAAAGAUCAUUUCCAAGCGCAUUUAAUCAUGUUUCCUCUGGCCAUUACCUUGUUGCACAUCAAGAGUUUGGUCGGUUUCGCACAACAAGCGUCGUAAGUACGCUCAGCAGUAUUGGAGACACUGAUGAUCGCAAUGCUAGUUUUAAGCAAGAAGCGGAUGAUGUAGAUUGGUACAAUGAUGCCCAACGAGGCGACAAACAGCACACUACCUUAAAAAGUACAACUUUUGAUAGAGUAGACAACACAGAGAACGAGUCUAGUCUGAGCAGUGACCUCAUGGGCAGUAUCGGCAGUGUGAGUGGCGAAUCUCGCUCAUAUGAGACAGAGUCCAAUGGGUUUACUCUGUCUAAACUAGAUGUGCUUUCUCGACUAUGUGACGUUGUUCUUACAGACUCGCGAUCGGCCGACUUGCCAUUGCUGGUACCACUCAUACCCCAUUCAUCGCAAGGAUCCCAUACUGCUCAUCAAUCCGAAUCCAAGUCUUGUGUUUUAAAUACUUGCAGUUCUCUGUCUACUUUUCCUUCUUAUACAGAGCCUGCUCACCCUUCUUGGAUACCUAGCGUUCAAUCAUCGGCCGGUCUUUAUACUCCUCAAAGACCGCUAUCCACUGUACACUCGAUCAGCACAUCCAAAUUUUUGGACUAUCUUGUGCCGCCGUGUUCUACCACUCCUCCUGCAACCCCUAUUACAACAGAUACAUCAAAUGGAACGUUUCCAUCCAUGCUGUCUGCUAAUAGUGUCGACUCUAAUGAUAUCACGUACUCGCAACCAAGUUUGACUUGGGACAAUAAACCUUUUGGUCGCCAAUAUUCCAAUGCCACACGAACAACCGUGUAG